AAAAUAUACAAACAAUUGCUUGAUCAAACUUCAGCAGGUCACUCCACAUACACUUCACACCCAAAAGCCAAAUACUCUCUUCAAAACACCACCACAGAACUAAUUGACCUCAUUCACAAUGCCUGCCAUCCCUACUUCCACCUCCGUCAGCGAGUCUGCCGUCAUUGACGCACCCUUCAGCGAUGUCUGGCACCUGAUCAAGCUCCAGGACUUCAGCAAGUUCUGGUCGAAGCUCGAGAAGAGCGAGUUCGUCAAGGGCGCCUCUCCCGAGACCGACAUCGUGCAGUGGACAUUCAAGGACGGCCAGACGCUCGAGGUCAAGCAGGAGGAGCACUCCAGCAUCGACCACUACAUCACCUAUUCCAUCAUCUCUGCUAAGCCCGAGCUGAGUUACACCUCCGUCGUCUCAACUAUCCGCGCGUACCCCGUCACCUCUGGCAAGCACGAGGGCCAGACCUUUAUCACCUGGACUGGCAACUUCUCUUCGGACGCCGAUGCCAGUGUCAUCCAGGAUGCCAAGUUCAAGCGCCGUGAGGCUCUCGACGAUCUCGCCAAGGCCGCCUCGAAGAAAUAGACCCAUCGUAGUGUCGUAGCGCCAGGAAGAGGAACGAACGAAUAUCAAUUGGCCGAUUGAACACUUCUAAGAGGAAGUGCGUCCUCAUCCUGCCAUGGCCUUGACCGGCAAGUGUUUAGGACGAUCACAAUAAUACAUUAUAUUGUAACAUCGUGACUUAUCUUUGUGGAGAUAUUGUUGAUUUCAGAUGCUUGGCUAUGACAAUUCCACUGAUCUACCGA